UUUUUAUUUUGAAAACAUUCCCUGCGUCAUUUCCGGCUGCUGCAGAAUUCUCACAACAUACCCGUUUGGGAACUAGCGCUACAUCAACUGUCGGGACGUUUACCGGGACAGAGAAGAGACGAACAUGUCAGACACGGAGACAAAACCUUCCAGUCAAGAUGGGGGCGACAAGAAGGAUGGAGAGUACAUCAAACUAAAAGUCAUCGGCCAGGACAGCAGCGAAAUCCACUUCAAGGUCAAAAUGACGACACAUCUAAAGAAGCUGAAAGAGUCCUACAGCCAGAGACAGGGCGUCCCAGCCAGCACGUUACGGUUUCUGUUCGAGGGCCAGAGAAUCGCAGACAACCAGACUCCCAAAGAGCUGGGGAUGGAAGACGAAGACGUCAUCGAGGUUUAUCAAGAACAGACUGGCGGACUUUGGACCGAUUAAAUUUCCACUUUUCUUCUUUUUGCUGAUUUUCUAUUUUAUUUUGUAUGGAUGUAAUUUUGGUUCCGUUUCAAACCAUCUGGAUCCGAUCGGGCUUCCAGCGCUGGACGUUAGAUUUGUCUGCUGAUGGUUUCAGGUUCUGGUUUUAAUCCAUGUUUAAUUGCUUAACAACAUUUCAUUGUUAAACGAUGAAAAUGUUUUUCUGGCCCUGAAGCAGUCGAACGUUUCUGCUUCUGAAAGGUUUAAAGCCUUUCAGAAACGACCGAGAAAUAUUCAAACUGAAUCGAAUUAGAUGAAAACCACCAAAUUUAGAUUUUAUCCUUUUUUUCUGAUUUGGAUUUUAUUGAAGUAAGAAUCAGCUGAUCUGUUUUCGGGGAGGACAGAAGCUGAAGCGGGUGCAGUUCGCUAAGUGGCCACUAGGGAGAGCUGGUGGUUUUCAAGCGAUCAGCAGCAACUCGGCCCGUCUCUGACAGAGAGGUCUCACUCUGACCGGUUUCUGCGGGUCGAGCUUUCAGUGAAAUUACUGAUUUAAACUCGGAUCAUGUUUUCAUCUUUAGCGUUAGCGCGCCGGAAUGCUACAUGUCUUCAGUUCCAGCUUCUGGAAUCAGAUUUUCUAUUUAAGCUUGUCGUUUUAAACUCUGAUGAUGGAAAUGCUUCCUCUGAAUGAGGAUGAAGAGGCUGGCUGUGUAAUCUGGGAGACCCUCUCUCUCCACUGCCACUCGCUUCUCCCAGGUGGGGUUGGAAACGGUUCCGCCCCCCUCCAGGCUCGUCCUCAUCAUCCUCAUCAUCAACCACGAUGCAGAUGGUUUGAAAUUCUGGAAAUGAACUGUUUCUCUUUUUUUCAAUAAAAUAUUUAAGAAAAAACAA